UGUGGAUUGAGGCAUCUAAUGUAGUGUACUGUAGUGGGGAGAUCAAGUCUGGCCAUGAGAGUUAUAACAAAUUUUCCUCCUAAUACACUGAUAUGGACUAUUUAUUCGUUUUCUCUGCUCAACUUCUUUUGUAGAUGGCUAAAUAAUCAGUCGACUUCUGUUCUGGUUUAAUAAGUAACUCUGUACUGCCCUGAACUGUCAAACAUCCUUUUGUGUGCAGUUUCUCGGGUGUAGGAAGCAGAACGAACCUAUAAUUUGAAUAUGGAUUGCCCGCGAAAAAAUGAUUCUAACCCCAGUAACAAAACAAACUUCGAAAUGAAUUUGUCUGCUUAUCAUCAAAUAUUAUUUCAAGAUGAUGAAAGAAAUAAGCACAAAUCUGCGGAAGUCAAAAGGAAAUGUAUUGUACAACUGUUGAAAGGUUCUUGCUCCAGCCUGGGUAAUUCUGAUAGUUGUUACUUAUUGGAUACUAAAUUGAAGGAAUUAUCAGAAAUAUUGGGAGAUCAGCCCAGUAUCUACGAAACGGAACUAAAUAGUUUGCUUACUGUUGAUCACUAUGGACCAAAUCAGUUUAAAUCAGGUCUAGGUGAAUUGAAUACUAAUACUUUAUUGAAAUGUCUCCCAUGUUCAAAAGAUACAAAUUACUGUAAGGCUUCUGAAACAUUUGAUUGUUAUGAAUAUCAAGAAUUUUUUGAAGAAUUCAAAAUUAAACCUAAAAUUGUUACGUCGCCCCAAACCAUCAUACCAAAGUCUUGGAAGUCUUUGCAAGAAAAUCAGGAUGCUCUGGGGGAAUCGCAAAUUAAAAAUUCCAGCUGUUCCACAAAUCCAAAAACAAAUAAAUUUAGUACUUCAUUCAAAACAGCUAGAGAUGAACUCCACCUACAAAAUGCUAAAAAAUAUGGAAGUUCUCAUCAGCAACAAAGUGUUUUGCAAGGGAAUGCUGUUCAGUUGAAAAGGAAGUUGGGGACUAGGAGGAAUAUUAACAGCAAAUUUGUUUCACCACUACUCUCAAAUAAUGGAAGCAAUGAAGAAGUCAAAAGCGAUGAAUGGCCUUCAGACACUGAUGAGCGUUUGAAAAAUAUAGAACCCAAAAUGGUUGAGUUAAUAAAAUCUGAAAUUAUGGAUUGUGGUCCAAACAUACACUGGAAUGAUAUUGCAGGAUUGGCAUUUGCAAAGGUAGCCAUUCAGGAAGCUGUUGUCUGGCCGCUGCUCAGACCAGACAUAUUCACAGGACUCCGGAGACCUCCAAAAGGAAUUUUGUUAUUUGGGCCUCCAGGAACAGGAAAGACUCUGAUAGGGAAAUGUGUUGCUUCUCAAAGUAAAUCAACCUUUUUUAGUAUUAGUGCAUCUUCCUUGACAUCUAAAUGGGUAGGUGAUGGAGAAAAAAUGGUGAGAGCCUUGUUCACAGUGGCUCGUGUACACCAACCUGCUGUUAUAUUCAUCGACGAAGUUGACUCUCUUCUUUCUCAAAGAAACGACUCUGAACAUGAAAGCUCCAGAAGAAUAAAAACAGAGUUUCUGGUGCAGUUAGAUGGUGCUACCACUGACAACGAUGAAAGAAUACUUGUCGUUGGUGCUACGAACAGACCCCAUGAAUUAGACGAGGCAGCCCGUAGACGUUUCGUCAAGAGAUUAUACAUUCCUCUACCUGAAUAUGAGGCUCGAUUACAACUCGUUAAGAAACUCAUUUCAAAUGAAAACCACCGUUUGUUAGAAGAAGACUUUCAGACAAUUGCUACACUUUCGGAGGGAUAUUCUGGUGCUGAUAUUCGAAACUUGUGUUCAGAAGCUUCUUUGGGACCCAUCAGAUCUAUAGAUAUGAAACUCAUUGAAGAGAUCCAAGCUGCCGAAGUACGACCUCUGCUCAAAGAGGAUUUUGAUAAAGCAUUGAUGAGGGUAAAGUCAAGUGUUUCCCCCAAAGAUUUGGAACAGUACACAACAUGGGAUAAAACUUAUGGAUCAGGUUUUUAGAUAACUUUAAAACUGAAGCCAUCUCGAUAAUUGGGAUUUAUUUUUUUCAUGAAUUUCAUAGAAUAUUUUUCCUUCAGUAUUCUGUAACUAUGUUUUCAAGAAAAACUUGAAUGGAUAUUAUUUAAAAAAAAAACAUAAUUAAUUGUCCCUUCCCC